AAGUUCAAACUCUAGACACAGCGACCAAGGCAGGACACCCCACUUCAUUGUGAUAUUUCUCCCCCCUCAUCCACUGCACCCCAACCAGCCGCAAGCCAUGCCUCUGCACAAACUCCUCAGCCCUGAAACUUCGCCUCUCAACAAACUCCUUCCCGCCCACGUCGCUCAUCUCAAGCUUCAACCCCUGCUCCGGCUCGGCAAAGAGCAGAAACAAAUACCGAUGCGGGCCCGAUUCGUCCUUGGGACCCGGCGCAAGGUACUAGGUCAUAGUCCUCCCCGUGUCCCCCACGCUCACACCCUUUUUCUGCGCUUCCCGCUGCUCGGAGGAAGAUGGAGACGGGAUGGUUGUCACCACUUAGUGCCACUAGUAGCCGAACUUGGGGUCGUCGGGCGUCGGCGCGUCCGGGUCGAUGAACAUGAAUGUGAAGCUCUGCUCGGGGCUGCUGUUGAGGAGAUGGCCAAGAUAGAAUUAGAGGGUGUCUGUUUUACUUCGCUGACGGGCACGAGUGGAUACCGCAUGGAGCACCCGUUUGUGCUGACUUGCCAUCAUUCCCAUUUGGUUCAGUACUCAGCUUACACACACACACACGCUCUAUUCCGCUCGGCGGGCUUAACCCGAAAGGGCAACUUCACGCAUCUACGAGAACAUUUCCCAAGAUGACACCUGGUCUUCUAGAGCCCAUACGACCUCAUUUUGUGCGUUAUGACCUCAAUUCAUUACCCUGUUCUCUGCAGGUACUCGUGGGUUAGUAGUAUCACGAGUAAGCCAGCUUGAAGACCAUUUUCCAAGUGUUCAACGUCAUAUCCUCGGCGGUUGAAGCGUGCUUACUCGGAGUAGCACGAGAUGGGUAGUGGUAGGUUAGUG